GUUAACAUUGCUAAUGAGUAAUGAAGUUCGUUUUUUUUUUUUUUGUUUAAUAAAAAAAAAAUGGUUUCAAUUAACCUCUAACCGUCGACUGUGUUCCGGUGUUCUUAGAAAUCAAGCUUCUCGACAUCGAACACCUUCAAAACCCUAAAAAUGUCGAACAGAAAGUUAUGGACUUCGGCUCUCUGCAUACUGCACAGAAGAUUAUAUUCAAGUCCUCGUUUCUCAGCUGGUUUUCAUCUCAAUCUCGAAUCUACUAGUGUUUUCUCAUGCUCUCCUUAUCAUGCUGGCAAAUCUAUUGUUUCUGGAAGCUGCAAAGGUGGUUUCAUGGCAAAUUUUAAGUUUUCCGUCAGGGGUUUCUGCUCGGAGCCAGUGGUCGGAAGUGUGGAUAAAUGCUGGAACUGUGGCACUCUGGCCAUGUCGAAGCCAUUUCUAGCUUGUGAGUCAUGUAAAAGCGUUCAACCAGUUGAUCCAUCCAUCGAUUAUUUUCAGAUAUUUGGGUUGGAGAAAGAGUAUGAUGUAAAGGUAGACAAUCUUGAGAGCAAGUACAAAGAUUGGCAAAAGAAAUUGCAUCCUGAUUUAGUUCACUCAAAAUCUGAGAAAGAGAGAGAAUAUGCUGCUGAGCAGUCUGCUCGGGUAAUUGAUGCCUAUUACACUCUUAGCAAGCCAUUGUCAAGGGCAACAUACAUGUUGAAACUUGAAGGUGUACAUGUGGAUGAAGAAAAAACCAUUUCAGAACCAGAUUUCCUAGCAGAGAUUAUGGAAGUCAGAGAAGCUGUUGAAGAGGCAGAAGACUCUCAGGCAUUAAACCAAAUCCAGCAUCAGAUGCAAGGGAAACUAGAAAGUUGGUUUAAAUCCUUUGCAAAUGCAUUCAAGAACCAAGAAUACGAGGCUGCCGUAACUUCAAUUCAGAGGAUGACUUACUACGAGCGUGUGAAGGAAGAGAUUCUAAAGAAGAUGUGAUAGGUAAUCCAUUCAGUGAUAUGUUGGCUAAAGCAGUGACUAAAAAGGCCAUUGGAUACCCAAUGUUGAUCCCAGCAAUCUAGGGUCUAGGGUCUUGGGAGGGGUAGAUUGGAUGUGGUACUAACCUUCGGCAUUGUUUUGUAAAAGUGGCCAAUCUCAGACUCAAACCUCACACUUGCUGGCCUGAGAUUUUACCAUUACACCGAGUAUUGCCUCAAAAUUAGUGAUUAGAUCAUGUUAUUCUUUUGCCCCUUUUUUCUUUGUUAACAAUGUUAAAUUGUCUUUUCAACAUGUAUUUAAGAUAUAUUAAUGCAAAUAGUCAUUUAUUUCUUUAAAGUA